UAGCAAAUCCGCCGCUACACGCUGUCUCAUACUGGCUUUUUAAUAUCGACAGGGAGUUAGGAGUGCUUAAUGAAUGACUGUAUUUAGGUCUGGAUGGAACAACCUGACUAUAUACCAACAGCACUUCUGACGUGAUCCCUUACCACAGACAGUGGGCUAGCUGUUAUAACGAGAACAAACUGCGGCUAUUGACAUAACGUGUCACCGUUUUCGAUCGCGGUGGUAUAUCACCUUAGUCAUCUCGGCACUACAACAUUGCCACUCGUGCGUCUCGAUCGUGUGCCUCUUGACUUUAAACAACAGCUCUGCGUCAAAACAACCAUUUUUUUUUUAACUCAGGCUAUUCGUUAAAAAUGGGGACUACUGCUGUCGACGCAUUGCUCACAACUGGAACGGAGGUUAGUAGCGUACAAACUGGGUUCGUACCAUCUGGAUGGCGAAAUGACAGUAUCUCGUUAUUGAAUAGCACUGUGAGCUCCACCAAUAGGUCUAUGGACACUGGACAUUACGAAGAUGACAGUUACGACGACUAUCAUACCAAUGCAAGUACGUGGACCAAUUUCUCGACGGUGCACUCCACAUUAAUGCCGCCCAAACCACACCAACCCCCUCCGUAUCUCGUUCUCAAGAUCAUCCUGUGCACCGUCUUUCUCCUGGCGACGUUCUUCGGCAACGCUUUGGUCAUGUACGCCUACUUCACCACAAAGAAGCUUCGGACCUACACCAAUCAUUACAUCGUGGGAUUGGCCUUCGCUGACUUGGUCAGCGGCGGCAUCAUACCCGGUCUUGAAAACGUCAUCUGGUUUUUGGACACUUGGCCGUUCAGUGAGGGUCUGUGCUCCGCCAUGCAGUACUUAAUCCAUGUGUUCCUCCAGGCCACCUUCAUGAUGACCCUCGUCAUCUGCUUCGACAGAUUCCGUGCUUUGAACAUGCCGCUCAAACACCUAAAAAAAAAGACGCUCAAGCACGCGUGUUUCAUGAUAUCCCUGGCUUACAUCAUACCCCUCAUUAUAUGGACACCUCUGAUCCUCAUCUUUCCGUAUUCUGGACUCACCACGCGGAUACAACCACCCUUGUGCCACGGAUCCUACGGUCUGCAUCCUCCCUUGCUCAUCCUGGCCAUGCUCUGCCUGUCCUGGGCCCCAAUGGGAGCCACCAUUAUCCUCUAUGUAUUUGUCUACAGCGCCGUCAUCCGCAAGGGUAUCAACAAGAAGCGACACAUCGGCGAGGAGGCCAGCUCCGACUUUAAAUCCGAGCAGCAGGUUUCCCAGAGAGCUUGUAAGCCCGCAGAUCGUGAACCUCGUGAGAGAAGCUAUCGCCUAGCUGACGGCCCGGCUCCUAAAGCUGAUUCAACAGACCCAACAGACGCAGAACUACCACCUAAGGACAAAGUCUACAGCAUAUCUGGGGGAGUCUCCAUGGGUCUGACAAACCUUGCCUACGAGCAAAACGAGGAUGAGGCUGAUGAUGACAACGGCAACACCAGAACCAACCUUGAAGCACCGAAGGAGAAAGUAACCACAGCCUCUGUCAAUCCACACAAACGACCUGGCUUCUCUGCGCGAUCAAGGCGCUCUAAACGCGAGAAUCGCUUGGCUAGUCUUCGGGCCACUCGCACCCUUACGUACAUCUUGGUGACUACCGUUGUCACGGCUGCACCCUGGUCAGUUUUUGCCUUCUGGGGAGCCGUCAGUCCCUACAACUUUCCUAUUACGGAUAAUCAGUUCAAGUUCUUAGGGUGGCUGGCACACCUGAGUAGUACCGUGAAUCCGUUCUGCUAUGCCGUCUGCAACCCGCCCUUCAAGGAGGCUUUCUUGCGUAUUCUUCGCUGCUGGAAGCGCUCUGUACCUCGGAGUUCAACCAUGAAGUCUCAAGGCUCACAGAAUGGUAGAUAGGAUGCAGCAUUACUAAUGUGUAUCUUAAUACAUACUAAUAAUUGACCAUUUUAUAUUACUUACUUGGUACUUGGUUGGUUUCCUCCUGAAACGCCCUCUAGGGAUCUUGACUAGGAGGUCAUAUUGAUGCAUUCAGAACAGGAAAGAAGUAAGAAAGGGACAUAUUUUACAUGGAAAGACACAUCAGCAUCAGUGAAUCGCGCCUGAUAUGAAAGAAUAGAUGUGAAAGCUAUGUAACUUAGUGAUUUAUUUCCUCCCCCCCCCCAAUCGAACCCAAGGCCAUGCAUAAAUUUCAACUUCUUUAUGUUUUAUGGCCCGGGGAGGAGGUUAUUUCAAAAGAGUAAAAUUGGAAAAACAAGGCACGUUUAUAUGAAUAGAGACUACACAGGGUGCAGAAAAUAAAUGCUAGCUAUCAGAUCAGUCUUGUAUAUAAAACACGAUGUCUUUUUCAAUGCCGAAACUCAUAGUCUUGUUUCUGAUAUAUUUGAAUAAUUAACAUACCUGUGGCAUACCGACAGAAAUGGCUACAUGGCCUGAUUAAUUAUUCUCGAAGCAAGUCUAUGAGCAGUGGUGUUAAAAUGCACGUCUAUAUAGCACGUCGUUAUUGCCUUGUAUACAACAGAAGUUCACUGAAAUGUGUAUUCAUCUAUUGGCACACCAUAAUUCUUCUAGUAAAGCACUCGCAAUUACAAAAUGACAGUUACCAUGACAAUAUUCAAUCAAACGGGUGAACGAGGUUCAUUUUCACGUACUUAUAUUACAUGUCCCACUUUUGGCGUGAAAUUCAAGAAUCGCAAACUGUUUGCAUAAUUCUUCGAGAUAGCACAUUGCGAAUGCAUGCUUAUAUACAAAUGGAACGUACCGCAGACUUAGACUCACUAGCUAUAAUUGUAAACACCACUGUUAUACCACCGAUAUAUCGUUCAAGUAUUGCGAUUAAGUCUGUGAAAACCAGUUUUAAAAAGCAUUAGGAGACCGAUACAGAGUGCCCAAAAAGUGCAACAUUCAGAAAACAAAUAAUUAAAACUGUUUAUUGUGUUUU